GUUUAAAUUCAUUAAUUCAGGAUGGCUGAGAUGCAGCAUGAAUUUCGUCGUACACCAGUCAGACCCAAAGGUCCAGUUGUUGUAACCAAUAAUAGACUUAUUCCAUGUGUUCUCCUGAUUGAUUGCAUUAUUGCUGCUGGUCUCAUUGUUCUAUGGUAUUUUCUGGAGUAUGAUCCAACCAACGCAUUCACUGUUAAUGUACAGGAGGUGAUGUGCAAUAACCUAGACCAUGCCAAACCAUAUGACUCUGAUGAGAGAAUACCUGAGGCUGUUGUGUAUGUUAUGGUUUUUUUGGUCCCAUUUGUCAUAAUUUUGUUUGGAGAGCAGCAUUAUCUAUAUAUCAGGUGAAAGUGGAGGAUUAUACACACCAGGAAAAAUCUG